GAACUAAAAUCAGACGGACCUACUUCCUGUUUUGAUUUCAUUCCUCCUGUCAGAAGGAACAGUAGUGAUGAUGAUCUCAGAGCUGUGCUUGUUUCUCUCUACAUAACUUCAUCUUCGGUUCUGUUUUGUUUUCUCAUCCCUGGGGUUAAGUAUAAUAACAGGUCGUGAUGUCUCUGAGUUCGGGUGUUUGGGCUCCGGUGUUUCCGUCACCGUCGUUACAGCAGAGCUCGAGCUCGGGUUGCAGCACGGUACUGAUGUCAGUGCGCGUGUCGGUGUCACGAGGGACGCUGCGGCCGUUCAGCUCCCCCGGUGCCGUGGAUGAUGACGCGUCUCUCCGUCUGCAGCUCAGCAUGGACCCGAACCGGCCCGGAGAAUUCCGCCUCACCGUCAGAGACUCCGGCAGUAACGGCAGGAUCACGUCUCUGGCAGAGUUCGAGCUGCGUGCAGUGAGGUACGAGAUCAAGUCACCUCGCUGCCACGAGCUGUGUGUCAUCAAGCCGCCGCAUGACACGCUGGUCUUCACUUUUCGCAGCGAGCAGGAGGCCCAGGAGUGGGCCACUGUCAUGAUCUCAUCACUGAGGGAAGCCCACAGAGUCGCCGGCAUUGCCUCUCAUCCCACUGAUGACUCAGUACCUUACCUGAAACCCGUCGAGCAGAGUGCAGCCUUGUCAUUAUCAGCAAAAGAGGAGCUGUGUGCUGAUUUGGCCAGAGCCAUUAAAGCCGGAGACGCUCAGGAAGCAAUGCAGCACGCUACAUCCCUAGCACACCAGCAGAUGGCACUCACCAUCCAGCCAGCUGAAAAGGACCCUGAAGACGAAGAGAUCAGCUUAGCAGUUGCUGUUGAAGAUGCCACGUCUUCCUGUUGCGUCACGGUGAAAGUCGCCCCCCACAUGACUGUAGCGUCUCUCAAGCAGCAGAUGUUUGCUGAAUAUGGUUUUCACCCACGAGUGCAGUGCUGGGUCAUAGGUCAGUGUUUGUGCUCCGAGCAGCGCUCUCUGGUGUCGUACGGCGUGUGUCGAGACGGAGAUACGGCAUUUCUCUACCUCCUCUCAGCGCGCCACGCCAGCCUCAGCCGACUGCAGUGCCAGCAGGACCAGGAGAGCGCCCUCCUCGCACCCGCGCCCAAACCAGCACCGACCCCGGCACCACUCAGCCACGACUGGAGAGGAUACAGCACGCUGCCUCCCCGACUACAUCACGCCAACGCAGGAAGCAGUGGUGGCGGAGCUGGGAAGCAUAGCAUCGGUGACAUCAUGAACCUGGAGAGACUGCAGCUGCGUGGACCCGGAGUGAGACCAACAAACACACAGUUGAGAAUUCGGGGCCUUGCUCAAGGAUCCAGGUGUACCAGCUUGGCAGUGGUGGGAUUUGAACAUGAAACCUGUAGUCUAACAUCCUCUCCUCAGCUGGGUUGGUCGUGUCCUUCAUGCACGUUCAUAAACAAACCAACGAGGCCCGGCUGUGAAAUCUGCAGCACAGAAAGACCCGCUCGUCUGGAGCUCAGCGCGUCCGAGGAAGCGGCUCUUUUGCUCUAAGUGCUCUCCGAACAACACUGUGAACUUUUUCAGCUGGGAGGAGGCCAGUACAGAUAUGGAAAAGAUAUAUUGCGGAUAUAUAAAGAUGAUACAUUGCGCUGCGUGAAAAAAAAGUCACACUGCGUGAAAAAAAAAGGUGAGAAAAAGUCUCCCUGAACUCAUAACGUAUCUAGGAAUCUGUAUUGCCACGUGCCAUGCUCUUUUAUUUGUGUCGCUAUCCAUCAAAGACGCUUCGGCGCCAUCUGAGCCGAGAUCGAUUACACGCGAGUGAGCGAUGAAGACGGCGAUGAAGACGACAGUGAAACUUCACAGAGGAGAUCAUCAAACAUCAGCUCCUUUACUGUCCUUAAAGUUCACUGUCUCUACAAAUAAACAGCAGUUUUCCUUUUUAUUAAAAGCAGCCUUGAUAUUUUUUCUUUUUCUUUUAAUAAGCAAUAAAUCACACAUGGCAUAAAAAAUUAUGAUUUGAUAAAGUGAGUUAUUGUCACUGCCAUGAUGUUUUGUUUAUUUUUUUUAAAUUAUUAUUAUUAUUUUUAAGAAAAUGCAUCAUAGUCGUAUCCAUUUAGAGUUAUGUUUAAUGCUGUGUAAUGUCUGUGACACCAUUUCCUGUUAUCACUUCUAUUACAGCAGCUCUUUUUAAAUCUUUCGUGAAGUCAGACAAUCGCAGCUUGGCAUCUUACUGAGAAACCGCUAACUCCUCUGUAACUUCCUCUGUCUUGUGGCAGAAAACUUACUAACUGUAACAAAAAUCCUUUCAUAAAUAUUAGAAGUCUCCUUCUGGAAAACUUCUCUCUUUCAUCAGUUUCUA